GCCGAGGAGUCACUUAAUUAUGGACCCUUUGCACCCAGCACUAAAUAUUUCGUGGGAAUUCACCUUCUAUUCUUCAUUCAUUUGGCGUCGAAUUCUCCAAGACACUAGACAGAUAACUUUGAAGCAGAAAGGUACUAGGGUAUCCACCUGUCCACUUAUUAAAAAAAGAAGAAUGCCUGCCACAUGCAAUUGCACAGAAAGUGGAAAAUGCCAAUGCGUGGAAUUUCAGUCCUGUCCGCCCAGCGUCUGUAAAUGUGGACCCGGAUGUAAAUGUGGAGCUGGGUGCACGUGCACUGGAUGUCAGCUGAAAUGCAGCUGUAGUGGUAAUUGUGCAUGUGGACAAGGCUGCACCGGACCUGAAUCUUGCAAAUGCGCAAAUGUCUGUAGCUGCAAAAAGUGACGAAAUAUAAUGUACAUGUAGUCAUGUGGUCUCAGGAAUAUCUUUUGUGUCACAGCCAAAGAACAAAAUAAGUUUUACAUUUUAAAUUGGAUAACUAAAUAAAUUGAUUUUCAAGUUUCA